AUGCAUUUUAUAUUGUCAAUAUUGGUACUGGUACCAUACAUAUCAUUGUAUGAAGCUAGAAGUAGAUGUGUGAAAGCUGUAGGAAAGCUAAGAUGUCCAACAGAUUGGGACCGACAUUAUCGGGUUACUGUAAAGUUGAUGGACAAAGAUCGUAAGCCUUUUUAUCCAUUUUUAAAAUUUGAUGCCAAUUUUAAUAUCUUUAAUUUUGUUGUUUUGAAUUUUUGCUUUGAUGGAUAUUAUAAUACAUAGCUUAUCCAUGCGUGGCCAUGCCUCAAUUCAAUAACAGAAAACGUUUAAGAUACCUAUUCUAGCCUUGCCAUGGGAAGCCGACGAUGAAAUGGGAUCAGCCCAAACAGAUGAAGAUGGAAAUUAUAUUGUACAAGGCUGUGGAGACGACUUGGGAGCUUGGAAUGAUCCUGAUCCAUAUAUUCUGGUGGAACAUAGAUGCCCAGAACCUGGACAUACGAUCAGUAUUCCAAGAAGGUUACGAGUGUGGGUUUUUUAGUAACAUAACACUAAUGUAUGCUUUUAAAUGGCUUUCACAAAUAAGUAUUAAACUAUGUAAAAUGAAAAAUUGAACAAAAAAUAUAUAAUAGUUAUACUAUCGUCUACAAUAUUAUAAUAAAAAUACUGUUUUCAGCAUAACAAUUGAAAGAAAAUACUUACCAGACACUGUCUACGUCGAAACUGUACGAAUCGAUGAAAACACCCGAUUUUAA